UGACUCCACAAGAAAUGUUUCAGGCGGCCAUGCCGCCGGCAUGUUUUCUGUGCUGGUUGGAAGGACCAGCAAGGACUGCGAUUCAGACCUGCAAGUGCCCAGCCUGCACGCUCUGAGGGAAGCCAUGCCUGGGCUGUGGUCUGUUCCGCCCAGCACAGAGCACAAGGAGAGCGUGCACAUGGCAGGGGAAGACCAGGAAGCUUCCCGUACUCCCCCCGUUGGCCGGAGGCAGGGCGUCUGUGGGCGACCUGCAGAGUCCUCUGCGGAGUGCAGGCGCAGAGAGGUCAAGGUGGCGGGGUGAUAGCUUCCAAUUGCACCAUAUUGGGGUAUUGACGGUCAGUAGCACUGAGCAGACAGUUGGUUAACUGCCAUUAUUGCGCAUCACCAGCACUGCAGACCUGCAAAGCGCACUGAACAGUUAACUUCGGGAAGCCAUGUCAGGGAAUACUACCACAUGUUGCAUGUUCAGGAUCUUGCCUCAGAGGCAUAAAUGAAGUGGAAUAUCCAGGCAUGAUGCAAACCCACAGCAUGUGGGCCUCAAUUGGAAUUGCUUGCAAGUUGC